AUGGCGAUCAGCAUCGUGGACUACGAGCUACCGUACGACACCCACAACGUGUACGACGUGUCGUUUUACAACGACAGAGUCCACACCAUGGUCACCAGCAACUCAGCCAUGGUGGAAUCGUGGCUCUCCAACGUCACUCCCGCCAACCCCAACCACCGCAUUGUUGGCCUCGACGUCGAGUGGCGCCCCAACAACCGCUACUACCACAACCCGAUCGCCACCCUGCAGCUCUGCACCGGCCCCAACUACCCCGGCUCCCUUCAAAUCCCGGCAGGCAUGGUGCUGCCCGGCGUCUGCUUGGACCCCAAUUGCCUAAUAUUCCAGAUUUUACACUCCGAAUUGAUUCCCCAUUCCCUAUCCACUUUCCUCGCCAAUCCUGCCUUCACGUUCGUCGGCGUCGGCAUCGAGAGCGAUUGCGAGAAGCUGCUUUCAGACUACAGGCUGCGCGUCGCCAACGUUGUUGAUCUUCGGGGUUUAGCAGCGGAUAGGUUGGGGGUUUGGGAGCUGAGGAACUUCGGGUUGAAGCGGUUGGCAAGCGCGGUGCUGGGGAAGGAGCUGGAGAAGCCGAAGAGUGUGACGUUGAGCAGGUGGGACAAUCAGUGGCUUACUUAUGCUCAGAUUCGGUAUGCUGCUGUUGACGCUUUUAUUUCAUAUGAGAUUGCUAGGCAAUUGAAUCUUAGGGGUGCUUAG